AUGUAUGCAUUUCAGGUUUACAAGGAUAAUGGAAACAACCUUUACUUACUUGCCAAUAGUCUAGCACUCGAGCGACAGAGAUCCUUACCUAGUGCUUACCCAUAUUGGCCAGGGCCUGAUGCAGCUUCCCUUGCGCCAAAACCAGAUAUUCCCCUGGACGCAGCCCUGCAUUCAAAACUUUUAUCUUCAAUGAGCGACAAUUCUCGGCAGACUCAGUCCCAAAACUCUGAUUUGCUGUCAAUCAUCCAGGGAUUAUCUGACAGAACAUCUGUUGGUUUAAAUAAUGGUGCUUCUGGAUGGCCAAAUCAUCCUCUGCAGGGUGGAUUACAUCCACUUCAGAAUAAAUUUGACUUCCAUCAUGAUCAGAAUUUUUCUCAAGUGCCAUUUGGCGUUCCACAGCAAAGGCUGCCAGCACAUAACCAAUUGUCCCUGAGCAAUUUACUAGGUCAAGCAACUGAUAACCCCGCAAAUAUUUUGUCAGCAGAGAAGCUACUUUCUUCUGGUAUAUCUCAAGAUCCACAACUAUUGAAUUUGUUACAGCAACAAUACUUGAUGCAGUUGCAGUCUCAGGCUGUUGCCCCAGCUCAGCAGAUGCUGUUGUUAGAGAAAUUGUUACUGCUUCAGCAGCAACAAAGGCAGGAGGAGCAGCAGAAGCAUCAGUUAUUGCUGCAACAGCAGAAGCAAUUGCUGUCUCAAGUGCUGCAAGACCAGCAAUCUAACCAGCGACUUGCUAAUUCGUCUUAUGGACAUAUGCAGUCUGGUACACCUCCAAUUGGGAAUUUGCACAUGGAUCCUUCUCAACUUCAAUCAAAAGAGGGGAUGUUUUCCAUGAGCUCUCAAUCAAAUAAGCCCGGUGUGCUUGAUGAACUCCGCACUGAUUCUUUAAAUAUACCUAUGAGUAGCCAGGACUCUUGUUAUAAUUUAAGUGAUGAAGCUUCUCCUUUAAAUCUGCCACAUCAAUUGUUUGGCAAUACUGGUUCUCAGAAAAGCUGGGGCCUUGCAGUUCCUGAACAAACUAAUGAGCAGAAUCAGGAGAUGUUUCCUGCACCAACAGUGGUUGAUAGUCCCUUAUUACAUGAUCAGGAGAUAUCUAAAGAGGAAAACCAGAUUGCAGAGCAACCUCUUUCUAUUUCAGACUUUACUUCCAAGUCUCUGGAGACUCCUGGUGAUGCCAUUUCCUUUGCCACUGAAUCAUGUGGGAUUGAAUUCCCACCAAACAUAGACAUGAAGGAAAGAUCAAAUAUUGUGCAUGAAGAGCAGCAGGCUGAAAGAGAAAUCAACAAUGUUGAGCCGUCUGUGGUAGUGCAAAAUAUUGAUGCGCAAGAACCCAAAAAGGUCAAUGAGAAGAAAUCCAAAAAGCAAAAAUCUUCAAAAUUGCAGCCUUCUGAUCAAGCAAAGGGAUUGCCAAAAAAUGCGGCCUUGCAGCUGUCCAAGCAAUCAGAACCUGGAAAGCCAGAUUCUAAUGAAACAAAUCUGAAACAAACAACAGCUAAGGGAAACCAAAUUGGAGUUGCUGUCAAAGAGGAUGCUAAUUAUGAAGUUCAUGGUGUGUCUGCUGGUGUUCCUGGAAGUAUCGAUGAUGCGGGUGAUAGGGUUGAGUCAAAGGUAGUUGAUUCUGUAAUAACACAGCAUACUGAAAUGCCUACAGGACGAGCCUGGAAGGCUGCUCCCGGUGCCAAGCCAAAGUCUUUAUUAGAAAUUCAACAGGAAGAACAGAGAAAGGCAGAGGCAGAAAUGGUUGUAUCUGAGAUUGCUACUUCUGUCAAGUCAGUUAGUCUGACAACUCCUUGGUCAGGGGUUGUGGCCAAUCCAGACUAUGUAAAGGUGUCUGGUGAAAGUCAUAGAGAAGGAGGCAAUGCUGAUCAUCUGGUUAAAACGGAAACUUCUCAAAAACCUAAGAGCAAGAAAAGUCCACUACAUGAUCUCUUGGCAGAAGAAGUUUUGAAGAAAUCCAACGAAAAAGAUGCUGAGGUUCCUAAGAAUACAUCAUCCUCUCAGAAUAUAGCUGUCCAGUCAGAAUCACCGGAUGAUUCAAAAUUCAUCGAGGCAAAAGAUACCAAAAGAGGCCGGAAAAAGUCAACAAAAUCAAAGGGUUCAGGAGUUAAAGCCUCCGUGCCCAAUGCAUCUGUGGAAGUGCCCAUCUCUUCGAGCCCCAUUGAAAAAGGCAAAAGCUCCCGCUCUUCACUGCAGGAGAAAGAAGUGUUGCCUGCCAUACCCACAGGCCCCUCGUUGGGAGACUUUGUUCCGUGGAAAGGGGAAAGGGAGCUACCUAGCUCAACUCCUUCUCUAGCAUGGUCUACUGAUUUUGUUAAGUUCCCUAAACCAACAUCAUUAAGGGACAUUUUAAAGGAGCAGGAGAAGAAGUCUUCUUCUGCGGUUCCUGCCAACCCAAUGCCUACCCCUCAGAAAGUGCAGUCUUCCCAGUCUAUACGGAAUGGUGGUUCUUCAUGGUCAUUCUCAGCUUCCUCUCCAUCCAAAGCCGCAUCUCCAAUCCAGAUAAAUUCUCAUGCUACUUCUCAGUCAAAAUACAAAGGGGAUGAUGACUUAUUCUGGGGUCCAGUUGAGCAGUCUAAGCCGGAAACUAAGCAGUCAGAUUUCCCUCAGCUUGGAAGCCAAGGGAUCUCGGGUUUAAAGAAUACACCUGUUAAAGGGAGUUCACCUGCAUCUUUAUCUCGUCAAAAAUCAGUGAGCAGCAAACCAACUGAGCAACGGUCUCUGUUAUCAUCAUCACCUGCCUCAUCUCAAUCCUUGCUUAAAACCAAAAAAGAUUCCAUGACUAAGCAUUCUGAGGCAAUGGGCUUCCGAGAUUGGUGUGAGAGCGAGUGCGAUCGGCUAAUAGGUACAAAAGAUACAAGUUUCCUUGAAUUUUGCUUGAAGCAAUCGAGAUCCGAAGCCGAGUUGCUUCUCGUAGAAAACCUUGGAUCAUAUGACCCGGAACAUGAAUUCAUUGAGAAGUUCCUCAACUACAAGGAUAUGUUACCAUCAGAUGUUUUGGAAAUAGCCUUCCAGAGCAAAACCGAUAAGAAGGCUACUGGAGUCAGUGCCAGCGGUGUGCUAUCUGCUAAUGCAGAUAUGCAGGAUAUGGACAACACAGAAGCAUCUGGGAUAGGAGGGGGAAAGAAGAAGACAAAGAAAGGGAAAAAGGUUAGCCCUGCAGUUUUGGGAUUCAAUGUUGUGAGUAACAGGAUCAUGAUGGGUGAGAUCCAGACAGUAGAAGAUUAA